AUUUGACAAAUUUCGUUUUUAUGAGAAUUUUUUACUAAAAUACAAAUAUUAAAAAAAGUGUAUUAGUAUUAAAAAAAGUGUAUUAGGAAUUUGAAUUUGUUUAUUCGACCUUUUUUAGUACUUUGAAAUAUUCGGAAAUAUUAGAAGUAUUGUGCAAAGAUUCAGAAAAAUUAAUAAUUCUAUUUAUAUGUUCACUCUUUUUUUUUAUUAACUGAAGCCUUUACAAAAGAGAUAAAAUCGACGAAUAAGAAACAAAACUCAUUAGGAAAAAAAAUAUUUUAUCUUUUAUUCUUUUUUUAUGGAAUAUACACAUCAAUCUUUAUGGAUCAUACCUUUCAUUCCGCUUCCAGUUCCUAUGUUGAUAGGGGCGGGACUUCUAUUUUUUCCCACAGCAACAAAAAAUCUUCGACGUAGGUGGGCUUUUCUCAGUAUUUUAUUGUUAGGUAUAGUUAUGCUUUUUUCCGUCGCGCUGUCGAUCGAUCAAAUAAAUAACAAUAAGAGUUUCAUCUAUCAAUAUGUGUGGUCUUGGACUAUAAAUAAUGAUCUUUCUUUAGAAUUUGGUUACUUGAUCGAUUCACUUACCCUUAUUAUGUUAAUAUUAAUCACUAUUGUUGGCAUUUUGGUUCUUAUUUAUAGUGAUAAUUAUAUGUCUCACGAUCAAGGAUAUUUGAGAUUUUUUGCUUAUAUGAAUUUUUUUAAUGCUUCAAUGUUGGGAUUAGUUACUAGUUCGAAUUUGAUCCAAAUUUAUAUCUUUUGGGAAUUAGUUGGAAUGUGUUCUUAUCUAUUAAUAGGUUUUUGGUUUACACGUCCUAUUGCAGCAAAUGCUUGUCAAAAGGCAUUUGUAACUAAUUGUGUAGGGGAUUUUGGUUUAUUAUUAGGUAUUUUAGGUCUUUAUUGGAUAACGGGUAGUUUGGAAUUUCGGGAUUUGUUUCAAAUAUUCAAUAACUUGAUUUUUAAUAAUUAUCUUAAUGUUUUUUUUGUUACUUUGUGUGCCCUAUUGUUAUUUUGCGGUUCCGUAGCUAAAUCUGCUCAAUUUCCCCUUCAUGUAUGGUUGUCGGAUGCUAUGGAGGGGCCUACUCCAAUUUCUGCUCUUAUACAUGCUGCUACUAUGGUAGCGGCGGGAAUCUUUCUUGUAGCUAGACUUCUUCCUCUUUUCAUAGCUAUACCUACCAUAAUGAAUGGAAUAGCUUUCAUUGGUAUAAUAACAUUAUUUUUGGGAGCUACUUUAGCUAUUGCUCAAAAAGAUAUUAAGAGAAAUUUGGCCUAUUCUACAAUGUCUCAAUUGGGUUAUAUGAUGUUAGCUCUAGGUAUGGGAUCUUCCCGAGCUGCUCUAUUUCAUUUAAUUACUCAUGCUUAUUCAAAAGCAUUGUUGUUCUUAGGAUCUGAAUCAAUUAUUCAUUCAAUGGAAACUAUUGUUGGAUAUUCUCCAGAAAAGAGUCAAAAUAUGGUUCUUAUGGGCGGGUUAACAAAACAUACGCCAAUUACAAAAACAGCUUUUUUAAUAGGUACGCUCUCUCUUUGUGGUAUUCCACCCUUUGCUUGUUUUUGGUCCAAAGAUCUGAUUCUUAAUGAUAGUUUUGUAUUCGCCAAUUUUUGCAAUAUUAGCUUAUUUUACAGCUGGAUUAACCGCAUUUUAUAUGUUUCGCAUCUAUUUACUUGUUUUUGAAGGAUAUUUCAAUGUUCAUUUUCAAAAUCUCAAUGGCAAAAAAAAAAAUUCAUUAUCUUCAAUAUCUUUGUGGGGUAAAGAAAGAAA